AUGGGUUUCUCCAGCCUUGCUCUCGGCAUGCUGCUGCUGCUCUCCUUGUCCUCUGUCUCCUCUCAUGCCACUCCGUGCCCUGACCAGGACAAGAGAUCCCUCCUCCGCUUCAUUGUGGAGCUCUCAGUUGACAGCGGCCUUGCCAUGUCGUCAUGGUGGAACGACACAGCAGACUGCUGCUUGUGGAAAGGCAUCACCUGCAACGGAGACGGGGUGGUCACAGAGGUCUCCCUGCCCGGCAGGGGACUCCAAGGGCGCAUCUCGCCGGCCCUUGGCGAACUCACCGGGUUGCUGCACAUCAACCUUUCAUGGAAUGCGCUGUCUGGUGGACUUCCACUAGAGCAGCUCAUGUCCUCCGGUAGCAUAGUCACCAUUGACGUCAGUUUCAAUUACCUCGAGGGAGAGCUAGGUGAGCUGUCAUCUUCAGUCACCCAUGGCCGGCCACUGCAGGUGCUGAACAUCUCGAGCAACCAGUUUACUGGAGAGUUUCCAUCAAGAACAUGGAAGCUGUGGAAGAAUCUGGUCACGCUCAACGUGAGCAACAACAGCUUUAGCGGGCAGGUACCAUCUUCUUUCUGCCUUGCCUCGGCAUCCAUCACCGUUCUUGAGCUUCAGUACAAUCAGUUCAGUGGAACGAUUCCCCUCGUGCUCGGCAACUGCUCUAAUCUCAAAGUGCUUAAGGCUGGUCACAAUAACCUAGGUGGGACUGUCCCUGAUGAACUGUUCAAUGCUACCUCAUUGGAGCACCUGUCACUUCGUAACGCCGGUUUGCAAGGAACACUUGAUGGUUCACCUAUUGGCAAACUCAGUGAUCUGGUUACUCUAGAUCUUGGAGAGAACAAUUUCACAGGCAAGAUUCCAGACUCCAUAGGUCUGCUCAAGACGUUGGAACAGCUCCAUUUGGACUACAACAUGAUGUCUGGGGAGCUACCAUCAACUCUGUGCAACUGUACAAAUCUCGUAACGAUUAUCCUCGAGAACAACUAUUUCAGUGGAGAACUUACCAAGGUCAACUUCUCCACCCUGAUCAAUCUAGAAAUGCUAGAUCUUCUGUAUAACAACUUCAGUGGCACAAUUCCAGGAAGCAUCUACUCUUGCAGCAAUAUGGUUGCACUGCGACUGUCCUACAACAACUUCCAUGGGCAGCUUUCGCCGAGAAUGGGCAACUUGAAGUCCCUUAUUUUCCUAUCAAUUGGCUCCAACAAUUUUACAAAUAUAACAAAUACACUUCAUGUCCUCAGAGAUUGUAAGAACCUUACCUUCCUAUAUCUGGAGACCAACUUCAAAGGUGAAGCCAUGCCACAAGAUGAAACGGUUGAUGGUUUUCAGAAUCUUCAGGUUUUCACAUUGCAUAUGUGCUCAUUGUCUGGAAAAUUUCCUCAUUGGAUAUCAAGGCUCAAAAAUUUGAAGGUCCGGGAAACAAGUGGGAUCCCAAAAGUGCUGAAUCUUGGUCAGAAUAACUUCACUGGUGUGAUUCCCCAAGAGAUUGGUCAGCUGAAAUCACUGACCACGCUCAACAUUAGCUUCAACAUGUUAUCAGGGGAGAUACCACAGCAGCUCUGCAACCUGUCAAACCUGCAAGUGCUUGACUUGUCUAGCAACCAUUUCACAGGCGCAACCCCGUCGGAUCUCAACACCCUGCACUUUUUGUCUGCAUUCAAUGUUUCUAACAACGACUUAAAAGGGCCAAUCCCAACUGGAGGCCAGUUCAGCACAUUCCCAAAUUCAAGCUUCCAGGGAACCCAGAGCUGUGUGGUGUCAUGGUCAAUCAGCUAUGUGGCUGGGCAGAAGCACCUCCUCGCUUCUCCACUCCCUCCAAAGAACAAUCAGACCGAAGGGUUGCCUUCGUGA